AUGUUAUUUUUUGCUUCUUUAUCAUUCUCAGUCACCAGUUCAGAUCUUUCUCCUCCAUAUAAGCAAGACAAUGAAGGAAAGAUCAAUUACUGGGAAUUACGAGGUGGAGCUUUAUUAGAAGAUUCCAGCAUCUUGCUUUCACCACCAAUUCAAUAUACACGAGGUGGUGUAUGGUCAGUGGUAGAAAUCCCCAAGGAUGAUUUCUCAAUCACUUACGAUUUCAAGAUUUCAGAAGGAACACAAGGCGGCGGCCUUGGCUUUUGGUUUAUUUCGGACUACGCAGCUUAUGGUGAACUGUUUGGUGGUCCAGAUACAUUUAAUGGAUGCGCUCUUCUCGCAGGAAUUAAAAAAUUAGAAUCAUCUGAUCGAUUAGAAUUACGCCUUUCAUAUGCUGAAAAUGAUGGCACAAAGAAAGUAUCAGCAGGAGACUUAGCUGCUGCCGAUUAUGUUUUACAAUUCGAUAACAGAAACCAUAUUAUUCUGAAAAUUGAAUUCUUCCAAAACGAACUAGUCAUUUCCGGAACAUCUGACGGCAAAAUAGAGAAUAUCGUCGAAUUCUUCAGAGUACAACGCAGAAUUGACAUUACAGAAAAUUAUUUCGGUGUUACAUCACAAUCAGACAUUUAUACAAGCAGAUUCGACCUAUACUCAGUUUUAUUCGAUUUAUACGAAAAAUCAGACUCGCACAAGAGGAAAGCAUCAGCUUCUGAGCCAAAUCAACAAAUGCAUUACACGCCUUCAGAAAUGGGCAGAUACAGAUCGCCAAUAUUCCGAAUUACCAACGAAGAAGCUGCUAGAAAAGAAAAUGGAAUACAAAAAGACGGUUCAAAAGAUAUAAUUUUUGAUAUGAUCGAAGAAUUAACAGCUGCAUCCCAAGAAGUUGCUUCAUUCAAGGAUGUCAAUAGUAUUAUACGUAAUAAAGUAUCUGUUUACGCUUCAAAAUGGCAGAAAAGAACAGUUUCUAUGUUAGAAAGGGUCCAGAAGUCGAGAAACGUUACAGGAGCAACUUUGGAAUUCACAAACCAAAUCAUGAAAUCAUUUUCCGAAACACUUCGCCAUUCAAGCUUAAAAACUAUGAAUAGAAUUAUUGAUUUACAGCAACAAUUGGCCGAUGAAGCCGAAGGAGGUGUUGACCAUUACGGAGAACUCGAUGCCAUCAAGGAAUCAGCUACAGCAAGCAUUACUAAAAACCUUACUUAUAUUUCGAUCAUAGAAAUCGUUAUUGUAGCGAUUGCCUUUGUUCUGUUGCAGCUUCCAUCAUUCAGAAAGAAAUUGACUAAUUAA